AUGAGUUCCCGCUCUGAGGAUGUCCAUCAUAUGGUGGACGAAAGCUCAGCCCAUGUCCACCCGAAACGAAGGAGUAUGUCUCGGAGACUGCGUCAACGUGAACGUAGUAAAGCCAAACGGCUGCAGUUCGACGGGAUUCAGCCGACAUCUUCUGGAUCAUAUGAAAAGCAUCCAUCUGUCUAUCGCUAUUUGGUCUACAUCAAAUUCAUGAGAUUUACCAACGCUUCAAAAUCCAUAUUGGAGCUAAAUAAAUUCCAAUUAUCAAGCGCCUACCCUGAACUCUCCCGAACUAGAUUGGCCCACUUUGGUUUUGAUCACUUCGACUCGAUUCCAUUCGCAGAAUUCCCCCCUCAUCCGAGUGGUAAGUGGCUGGUCCAGGCUUCUCUUAGGUUGCCUUACCUACCACCGGUCCAACGUCGCUCCACUUCAGGCCUGAUUGAGCAAGGGGGUGGGGUGAAGGUGGAGCAUCAAUCAUUUGGUGCCAAGGUAAUUGAUACUCGGUAUGCUCAACGUCACAAGAAUAUUAUCGAGGUCGAAGGUGAGAAUAUGUCUGAGCCUAGAUUUAGACGUAAUGUGAGUAAGGCCUGCUUCUUCUCAAAUCCACGUCUGCCUUGUACCAUAGUAACUCCAAGUCCGCAGGGGCAGCCUAUUCAUCUUUGUAGUUUAAGUUCAAAGCCCACCGGAGCUCAUGACUGCAUUAGCUCCCUCUGCAUUAUGAUCCAUUUUGGCCAUUCAGAGUAUUGCGAAAUUCCCUUUCAAAGUUGA